AUGAGCGACGUCGUUUCUAUCUUGCGGCGAUUCGUCUUCGAGUCGCCGCCCGGAGAAUGGGCCAUCAAGCAGCUGCGCGAGCUGUUGAUCGGUGCCCUUAAACAGGGCCCCGUGCCGCAACACGUUGCUUUCGAAAUGGACGGUAACCGCCGCUACGCCCGUAGUCAUCGUAUGGAGACGGUCGAAGGGCACCACAGAGGAUUUGAGGCACUUGCCAGGAUCAUGGAGAUUUGUUACAAGGCUGGCGUUAAGACCGUCACCGUCUACGCGUUCAGCAUCGAGAACUUCAACCGCCCAAAGUAUGAAGUGGAAGGGUUGAUGCAACUCGCGAAAGUGAAACUCGAGCAGCUUACCACGUACGGGGAUGUGCUUGACCGGUAUGGGGCUGCUGUCCGUGUCAUGGGGCAGCGCGAGAUGAUCCGGGACGAUGUUCUACAAGUUGUGGACAAGGCCGUUGCCCGUACUCGCCACAACCAAAAGGCUAUCCUGAACAUCUGCUUCCCUUACACAUCGAGGGCUGAGAUCACGACUGCCAUUCAAUCGACGGUUGCCGAAUUCCUCGCACCUCCACCGCCUAAGAAUACUCCGUUCUCGCAGACUCGCAUAAGGCAGAACAUUUUAUCUCGUCAACUCAACGGGCAUGAUCCCCUGCCCACGAUACGCGACUCGUCGCCCGAGAAGCAAACACAGGCUGGCGAUGGCGCAUAUGCUGCAGAAGUCGAAGAAUCCGGUGAUCUCGACGAGGGCGCCUCUUCGUCUACAACACUUCCCCCCGAUUCACCACCGCCGCGUCUGAGGGACGGAGCUGACCAGUCGCACCUCCCGAACCCCGAGGACAUCACAGUGGACACGCUUGAUAGUCACAUGUACACAUCAGAAGACCCUCCACUGGAUCUGUUCGUGCGCACCAGUGGUGUCGAGCGGUUGAGCGACUUCAUGCUUUGGCAGUGUCAUCAAGAUACCCAGAUCUUCUUCCUCGACUGCUUGUGGCCUGAUUUUGAUCUGCACCACUUCAUUUGGGUGCUCCUAGAGUGGCAGUGGCGGAUGAAACAAAGAGAUCGGGAUGAGGCGCCCGGAAGGAGGAGACAUGUCAAGCCCAGGAAGCUGGUGGAAUAA